AUUCAACGGGCUGGCCGAAGGCGUUCCGUGAUUGGUAGGACAGCAUGGGGGCGUGGUCUCACGCAGAAAGCCUCCUCCGGAUUGGUGCAAAUCAUCGAGGGCGAGGCCUCCACUCCGGCUGGGCGCGAAAGCUCGAACGCCGCUGCCUGGCUGGAGACGGCGGGAGCGGCUGCGUCCUGACGGGUAAGGGAACUGGGGACCUGUUUCAUCUCGAGCGGCGCGCUGAGGAGGUCGGGGUCAUGACGGGUGAAGUAGUUUCCGAGGUUCACCUAGAAAUCAAUGAUUCAAAACUCAUUUCACAAGAGGAAACAGACAGUCCUUCAGACAGUGGACAAGGCAGCUGUGAAACAAUUGGGCCCUUGAGUGAACAAGAUUCAGAUGAAGAGAUAUUUGUGAGCAGGAAAUUGAAAAGCAGGAAGGUACUACAAGAGAGUGAUUCUGAAAGAGAAGACCCAAAUGUGUCUCCAGAGGAAACUGCCUAUGACGAUGCCAAAGAGGAAGAUAAAGAGAACCUGUAUGCUGGAAAGAAUGGAAAAGUCAGAAGGAUUUAUAAAACUCUGGCGGACAGUGAUGAAAGUGACAUUGAGGAGUCUUUAUGUCAGGAGAAUUCUGAAACCCAAGUGACACCUUGCUUAGAGCUGGGUCUCCAGUCUGAAAACUCUGUGGACUUUACAGUUGACAGAAAGAUUUCCAAAAAGCCCAUUUGUGGUAGAGAAGGAACUGGAGGAAAAGCAAAAGUAAAAUCAAAGCGAAGACUUGAGAAAGAAGAGCGAAAGAUGGAAAAAAUUAGGCAGCUGAAAAAGAAGGAAACAAAAGAUGAGGGAGAUGAUGUGAAACAGCCGUUUAAUGACAGUGGCUGUCUGCUUGUGGAUAAAGACCUUUUUGAAACUGGGUUGGAGGAGGAAAAUCACUCCCCGUUAGAAGAUGAAGAGUCGUUAGAAUCAAUAAGGGCGGCUGUGAAAAAGAAAGUGAAGAAGCACAAGAAAAAAGAACUGUCUUUGGAGAGUGGGGUCUAUUCAUUUGAGGAAGAAACUGAGUUGUCAAAAGGCACCACGAGGAAGGAAAGAAAGGCAGCCAAAUUAAGUAAGGAAGCAUUAAAAAAGUUGCAUAGUGAGACUCAGCGCCUUAUUCGAGAGUCUGCACUUAAUCUUCCAUAUCACAUGCCCGAGAAUAAAACCGUUCAUGAAUUCUUCAAACGUAAACCCCGGCCCACUUGCCAGGGAAACGCCAUGGCACUCCUGAAGUCCACGAAGUAUCAGGCAAGCCAUCACAAAGAAACCAUAGAUACUGAAAAUACAACUACGGCGAGCGGUGACCACAGCAGAGACGCUGCGCGGACAACAGGUGCAGGAUGGGAAAUGGAAAUUAACGCACUCCCUGUAGUCUCAAAGGAACCUCAGAUCACUACUGAACCCCGUGAACCUUGCGGUAAAGAUUUGACAGGAAGUGAAGAGCUAGAAAUUCCCGAGAAACAGGAGCAAAGUGAUGCUAGACCUUCACCUGGGGACAUCUCGGUGGCACAGCAAGAAUGCAGCAUCCUGGGGAACAAGGACAGUGAGGAGUGUCAAACUGAAGGGCUUGUGGCACCUGAACCUCAUGCCCUAGAGGAAGAAAAAGGUCUGAGAAAAACAGAAGAAGCUGAUGAGAUGGCGAAAGAGCCCAGCCAGCAAAAUGAAUCGACAGCAGUGGUGCCACCUGAAAAAGCGAGGCGGUUCACUGUGGAUAGACUUAAGCAACUGGGAGUAGAUGUUUUCAGUAAACCUCGGCUGGGUGCUGACAGAGAUUCCUUUGUAAUACUUGAAGAACCUGAAACCAACAGAGAACUGGAAGCCUUGAAGCAGCGUUUCUGGAAGCAUGCUAAUCCAGCAGCCAAACCCAGGGCUGGUCAGAAGGUGAAUGUGAACAUCAUAGUGAAAGAUGUGGGCACUGACGGGAAGGAAGAGCUCAAGGCAGACGUGGUACCCGUGACUUUGGCAGCUGAGAAGCUGGAUGGGGCAAGCCACACAAAACCAGGGGAAAAGCUGCAGGUGCUGAAAGCUAAACUUCAAGAAGCAAUGAAACUCCGAAGGUUGGAGGAGCGUCAAAAACGCCAAGCAUUACUCAAGUUAGAUAAUGAGGAUGGAUUUGAGGAGGAAGAGGAGGAGGAGGAAGAAAUGACAGAUGAGUCCGAGGAAGAUGGAGAAGAGGAGGGAGAGGAAGCCUUAGAGGAAGAAGAGCAGGAAGAGGAGGAAGAAAGCAAUGAGGAGACUGCAGAAUUCCUUCUCGGUGGUGAAGAGAUAGAAACCAAAGAUGAGAAAGAAAUAGAUAAAGAAAACAAUGAUGAUGGCAGUGGUGAAAUUGGCAAGUCAGUUGGCCUCUCUGUCCCCAAGCCUCUCUCAUCUGAUUCUACCUUCCUUCUGUUCAAGGACAGCUCUUCCAAGACGGGUUACUCUCCUAGUGAAGAAAAAUCAGAAAUAGAUGAAAACUCAGGCAAAAGACCUAGCAAAUUAGAUGAAGAUGAUUCAUGCUCAUUACUGACAAAGGAGAGCAGCCACAAUAGCAGCUUUGAGCUGAUAGGCUCCACACUUCCAUCCUAUCAGCCUUGUAACAGACAAACAGGCCGUGGGACCAGUCUUUUGCCUACAGCAGGAGGAUUCAGAUCUCCUUCCCCAGGGCUAUUUCGAGCCAGUUUGGUCAGUUCAGCCUCUAAGAGUUCAGGAAAGCUGUCUGAGCCUUCACUUCCCAUAGAGGAUUCCCAAGAUCUGUAUAACGCCUCCCCAGAACCUAAGACACUUUUCCUAGGAGCAGGAGACUUCCAGUUCUGCUUAGAAGAUGAUACUCAGAGCCAACUGUUGGAUGCAGAUGGGUUCUUAAAUGUUAGAAACCACAGGAAUCAGUACCAAGAUUUGAAGCCUCGGUUGCCAUUGGCCAGUAUGGAUGAGAAUGCCAUGGAUGCCAACAUGGAUGAACUGUUGGAUUUGUGUACUGGAAAGUUUGCAUCUCAGGCUGAAAAGCCUCUGCCUGGGAAGAGUGACAAGAAAGAGAACAUGGAGGAACUUCUGGAUCUUUGUUCAGGAAAAUUUACUUCUCAGGAUGUCUCUACUCUGGAUCCAUCAGAGUUAAAUAAGCAGGAGAAGGAGAGUAGCCUGGGUGAUCCAAUGGAAGAAGCUCUCGCUCUUUGCUCAGGCUCUUUCCCAACAGACCGGGAAGAAGAAGGUGAAGAGGAGGAAUUUGGAGACUUUCGGCUUGUCCCAAAUGAUAAUGAGUUUGAUAGUGAUGAGGAUGAACACAGUGAUUCUGACAAGGAGGACCUGACACUGGAAGACCAUGAAGAUGAUGAUGAGGAAGACCUCCUGCAGCAAUCGGAGAAGUCAAAAAGGCAAAUGAGAUUGAAGAAAUACCUGGAGGAUGAGGCAGAGGUGUCAGGGAGUGACGUGGGAAGUGAAGAUGAGUAUGAUGGGGAAGAGCUUGAUGAAUAUGAAGAGGAUGUAAUUGAUGAAGUACUUCCUUCUGAUGAGGAACUACAGCGUCAAGUCAAGAAAAUACACAUGAAAACAAUGUUAGAUGAUGAUAAACGCCAGCUACGUUUGUACCAAGAAAGGUACCUUGCUGAUGGGGACCUGCACAGCGAUGGUCCUGGACGAAUGAGGAGAUUCCGAUGGAAAAACAUAGAUGAUGCUUCCCAGAUGGACUUGUUCCACAGAGACUCUGAUGAUGAUCAGAUUGAAGAACAGCUUGACGAGACAGAAGCCAGAUGGAGAAAGGAGCGAAUUGAACGAGAGCAGUGGCUUCGGGACCAUGCACAGCAGGGGAAAAUUGCAGCUGAAGAUGAAGACAUUGGGGAAGACAGUCAGUUUAUGAUGCUGGCCAAGAAGGUUACGGCCAAGGCUCUGCAGAGGAAUGUCAGUCACACUGUGGUUAUUCAAGAAUCAAAGUCUUUAUUCAGAAAUCCUUUUGAAGCCAUCAAACCGGGAAGUGAGAACCAGCUGAAGACAGGCUCCCUGCUCAACCAGCCCACGGCUGUGCUUCAGAAACUGGCUGCCCUCUCUGACCUCAACCCCAGUGCUCCCCGGAAUUCAAGAAACUUUAUCUUCCAUACACUUUCUCCUGUCAAGGCUGAGGCAGCAAAGGAAUCGUCUAAACCUCGGGUGCGGAGAAGGGGUCCGUCUUUAAUGACAUCUGCUUCACCUAAGCGUCUCAAAACAGAUGAUAGUACUUCAGAAUCGAAGCAAAGCAUCUUCCGUUACUUGGAAAGCUAACACUACGAGGGCGCCAGCACCUCUGUUGGGACUCCAUUGAGAAGUAUCUGGCACUGAAGGCUGGAAUUGAUGCUCACAUGGAAUGAUCCCCACUUCCUUCACAAUCAGUGCAUUAAGAUUGAGAACAGAGAUUCCAGUUCUUUCCACCGUGUGGCUCUGGACAUCUCUUUCCUAGUAUUACUUCCUGGGUUGACCACUAACAAUUCUGUAGUGUUUACAACAGCCACUUACGGGAUACCUGGGUGUCCUCCAUUAAAUAUUUGACGUUUUACCCUAGCAACUUCCUGGAUUGAUGCCUUUUGGUGAAAGGGGUAGUUGGAGGAAGAAAAAAAUGUGACAGGACAGAAAAUUACAGAAAGCAGUGAAUAUUGAAACUGAGAUGACGCCUUCACACCCCUACAAUGUGCAGGAUGUGACCAGGACUCAGUGAAAGAGAGACUUCUUAGAGGGCCUAAGAAUCAACAGAUGGGCUAUUUUAUAAGUCACGCCCCUUCCAUUUUCCUUCUUGGCUCUUUCCAAGGCAGUCUCAAAUUUCCAGUUAACCUUUGCUUCCUUUAUAAUAAGAACUCAAAUAAGGACUGGUACACAAGUCAGAAAGAGCAGAUUUUCUGGAGCAUGAGGAUGAAGAUAGAAGGUUACACCCAGUGGCCAUCCACAUUAGACAUUCUGUGGAGCAGAGAGCUCUCUUCUAGGACCUAAAUUUUCGAUCUGAAACACUUGCUCAAGGACCUUCCUUCUCAUUCUGACCGAAGAAUUAUAUAUAAAAUCAUUAUUUAUUGCAUUCAACUGGGUUGAGUACAUUGCCCUGACCAGUCAGAGGACAAUUUAAUAACUUCAUUCCAUCAUGGAGUUUCAUCAAAAUGUUGUUAAGAGGAUUGCCACCAGUCCCAGUUUUCUCCGAACCACCAUGAGGCUCUCAGAAUUUUAAACAGAUAUUUGUCCCCCUUCGGAACCAAAUGUCACUGCUUCCUUGGAAAAACGUCCCAGGCAAACACUGUGGUUUCACUGUCAUGAGCUGGACUUGGGAAGCUGGGUGAGCUGUGCCAGUUUUUUUUUUAACUGGCAGUUGAGGAAUACCAGUUUAACUGAUGAAAUUAGGAUAUAGGUUUUCUACAAUUGUUUCUAAUAUACAAGAUGCUGACUUUGAUGGAACUUGCAUUUGUAUAUUUGUAAUCUUGUAACGGAGAAAAUGUAUAUAAAGAUGUUUUAAUAUGUAUGUAAUUUUUCAAUAAAUCCAGUGCCUUGAAGGCACGAUUUGAUGUCCA